AUGGAUAAAAAAGCCAAGAAUAGAAAGUAGCACAACUAAAAUGCUGCAUAAAAAUAAUAGAAAUUAUAUGAGGAAUAACUCUAAAAAAUAUAUGAUGUAGAGGUAUCAGAUGAUUCAUCUGAUAAUCUAAUUGACUCAGAUCCUCGAAAUCAGGAAAACAAUCGUAAAAUUUAAUAAAUGCUCUCUGAGAUUAUGAAGUAACCUCAACAUAAAAUAAACACCUGUCUGAAUUACCAUUAGCAGAGUAAAAGAGAUGCUAAUAAUGGUAGUACUUUCAAUAUUCAGAGUAUUUCUACAGGACCAAUAAUCCAUAAAAUUUAAACUAUCAGUAGUAGUACUGCCAAUAAUGAAAUGUCUAAAGCUUCCAGAGGUGGCAAUAAUAAACGAGAAUUCAAGAAUCUUUGUGAUAAUAACCCGUUUAUAUAUGAAUCAACAACUACCAUGCACACAACGACAAAAACGACAGUCAAAAUGAAUAAGAGUGGAAAUAUGAUGGAUAGAAAUAUUGAAUUAAACUUAGCUGAUAGCUUUGCUGACAAAACUGAGCUAUUUAAAAGAUUAUUGGAGACAGGAUAGCUAUCUGGACUAAGAAGCACCUUUCUUGAACCAUCCGAUAUUUUGGAGGAUAUGGACCCCAAGCUUGGAGAGCUCAUUUAUUCUGAUUAGUUUCCUACAAACUAGAAAGUUAUAGACCAGAAAUCUAAAUGGAUUUAAGAGGCAUAUGGACCCAUAGUUGAAAAAAGCACUCACAAAACUUAAUUAUUGCAACUGAUAGAAUAUAACAAAAUAGCUAUCAGAGAAAACGAUGGCUAUAUGGAGUAAAAAACUGUGAUAGAAAUAAUCAUUUGCAAGUUAAUGAGAUAAAGGCUGAUGAAUUAUGAGCUUAAGUCAUAAAUUGAGAAUCAUCAAUUCUAGGGUCUUGAAACUGAAUAACUCUCGCUUAUUUUCUCUAUCGUCAAACUAACUAAAAAAAGCAUACAUACUCUGUACAAAAAAUGUCAAAAUUUUACAAUGACGAAAGAGGUUAAUGAGACGAGAGGAAAUACAGUUCAAUAAGUCUAUGUAAAAGAUUUAAAAUUAAGCAAAAGAGAUUAUAUGGACAUGGUAAGGAAGAUGGUUGACUUGUAUGACGAAAUGAUUAAGAAGGCGCAAUACUUCAAGACAACUACCUCUAAAAUAUUUGACACGUAGCCUGGGUUCAGGGAAAUUAUACAGCUUAUGGAUGAGCUAUUAAAGCCUGAACUAUGGCAAAUGAUAGAUUAUAUAGAGUAGUUGCUGAUUGAUAGUGACUAUGACGAGGAUGACGAUGAUAUGAACUCUGAAAUGGAUGAAAUUUUGAAUUAUAGUGCUUAACCAAGCGACGAGGAUGAUAUAAUUGAAGAUGAGAUCUGUGGUAACAGAGACUUUAUGGACUUCGAUCACGGGCAAUUCGAUAAAUUUGGAACUAAAAUGAUGAAUUCUGACCCAAAGAGUUAUGCUUAUGAUCUAAGCAACUUCAAUAAUACAACAUUCCAUCAUUACAUGCCAGAUCCAGAUGAAAGUAGCACCUUAUCAAAUCAGGCAUCGACAAAUGAAACAGUUCAAACUGAUAAAAAGAAAAAGAAGAGAAGAAAGAACAAGAAAAAAAAGAAGAAGAAGACUGAAGAAGAGUUAUCAAUUGAAAAUGCAGGAAAUUCUUUAGUAGGUAAUGAAAUGAAGAAUAGCCCUAACUUGUAAGGGAAUAACUAAGAAGACAAUUAGAUCGAAGACGACGAGACUAUUGAGGUUGAGGAUCCUGAAUUUGAAGAAGAUUUGAAGCAGUUCCAAUUGAGACUAAUGCUGAGCAACUAGAAUAGCAUUUCCUCCAAUGGACACACUCCCUACAGAAAAUUGAAGCCUAACGUCUCGAACGACUGGCUUAUUGCUGUUAGAGAGAAAAGCAAGAGUCUUUCUGACAAUUUCAGAACUCCCUAAAUGACUCUCGUCGCUUGA